CUUCCGGUUAACACCGCUUGACCCGGAAGUAAACAUGACCAGCGACAGCAACCUCGCAAUAAUGGAGCUCCUUAGCAAAGCCGAGUUACUAAAGCAAGGCGCUGAAGCGAGAAUAUACAAGACUUUGUUUCUAGGAAGACCGACGAUUGUAAAAGAAAGAUUCCAAAAACGUUACAGACUUCCGCUCUUGGAGGAAAAACUCACACAUCGACGGACUGUUCAAGAAGUUCGAUCCAUUCUAAGAUGUCGGCGAGCAGGCAUAUCUGCUCCUGUGGUGUACUUUGUGGACUACACAUCUCACUGCAUUUUCCUGGAAGAAAUACAAGAUUCAUCCACGGUGCGUGACCACAUUGCAUCCACUCAGCGAUCUACUUCCUCUGUUUCUGAUGUGUCACUGGAGUGCCUGGCACAGAUGAUGGGCAGCACUUUGGCCAAAAUGCACGACGAGGACGUCAUCCACGGCGACUUAACUACGUCCAACAUGCUGCUGAGGCGUCCAGCAGGACAUGGAGAGUGUGAGCUGGUCCUCAUUGACUUUGGUCUCAGUUCUAUCUCUGCUCUGCCAGAAGAUAAAGGCGUGGAUUUGUACGUGCUGGAAAAGGCCUUCCUCAGUACCCAUCCCAACACAGAAGCACUGUUUCAGAAGAUACUGAAGACCUAUGCAGCAUCGUCCAAAAAGUCCGCAGCAGUCCUUAAAAAGUUGGAUGAGGUUCGAUUAAGGGGGAGAAAGCGCUCCAUGGUGGGGUGAAAAAUCAUAUCCUUUAUUGCUUGGAAUAAGAACACAAAGUACAGUUUACCCAUUGUAUAAAACACCAUAAGGUAUCAUCAUAUAAGUGACAGGAUAUUCAAUUAAGUCUAUUAGAUUACUUCAGUUUUUGAUGACGACUUUUGAAUUUUUUGGGAGACCGGUCUUGUUUUUGGACAAUAAAAAAUAACGAAAGAUAAGUCAUGUUUUUUGUUUUAACCCUAAUGCCAAGGUUUCUUAACCACAGAGUACCAUCUUCAAAACAAAGACAUUAAAAAAAGCUUAAUAUUUAAUGUCACUCAUUUAAUAAAUUCUAUAGAUUCAGUACACAUGUAGACAUAGAAUGCAAUAAUAUCUGUUGUGGUCCACGUUUAAGGGCCCCGCUUGGGCUGAUGCUCAUCCCAAGACCCACGGCUGACCAACUCUCCUGAUGUCACUACAUAUGAACCGGACUACUAUGCUAUUUGAAUUUACUUUGUCCAUCCAUCCAUUCAUUUUCUAUGCCACUUAUCCUCACUAGGGUCGCGGGUUAUGCUGGAGCCUAUCCCAGCUGACUUCAGGCAAGAGGCGGGUUAUACCCUUGACUGGUCGACUGGCUACCACACAAAAUGUACUUUGUAUAUACUAUUGUGUUGCCCACUCGACAUCCAUUGCAGACUGGUCAUCCUGGAAGGGUGAUUCCUCCCUCCUCAAGGUUUAUUUUUUCCCUAAAUGGGUUUUGAGUUUUUCCUUGCCCGGAUGGGGGUUCAGAUCAGGGGAUGUCAUCUAACGUUGCCUGCUUGUAAAGCACUUUUUGUGAUUAUGGGCUAGAAAUAAACUUUGACCAGUUCAUGCAAAGAAAAUGUCAACACAAAACACUGAUAACAAUGAUCUUUUUCACAUGUAGUUUUUUACUGUAAUAAAAGUAUAGUAUAUAAACAUUUUGUUUCAACUUUCCACAUUUGAAAACAUGUUAUACAAGUGGAAUAUAGAAAUAUUUGGCAAAAAUCAGAAUGUGCUGCUUUCUUACGUUAUGGAAUGGUCAUAAGGGAUAAACAUACUAGCAAAUGCCUAUACAUAAAUAUCUAAAAUGUGACUUAAGAUCCACAAAUAAUGACAUUUCAGUAGCUUGGAUGGGAGUGUACAAAAACAUCAAAUGAAAGCAGUAAGGAUAAGCGAGUGGCGCAAGCAGCAGUUGUGGCACUUUUGGCUUCUUCAAAGAACUAAGCGUGACAAGCAGCGUACCUUACAUGAUUGGCUCACACUGAUGAUGUGGUAGUUCUGUGUGUGUGGAAGAAGAUCAGCUGAAAUCUCGGUUGGUGAGGAUCAUAGGAGCCAGCAGGGUCCACACGUACAAACACAAACACAACCAACUGGAGGAGAUCUUCACCCACACUGCUGGCCACUUGCUGCUGAUGCUGUAGUCUGUAUUCGGACUACAAAGAACACUUACUUUACUACUUUCAUCCUGACUAUUUUGACAAUUCCACAUGCCUCUAAAAUACCGAUGUGGUGUCAACAGCUACCCACUGUGAUUUUUUGUUUUUAAUCAAACACUGUUUCAUUCACUAAUUACACACAAAUGAUCAUCCCUGAUCUAAUAUACAGUAUAUACAGCAACUGUUGUGCGUAUGGAUGCAAAGUGAGCAUCAAAUGUGUUUUGUAGGGGUGUGUGUACUGACCUGUACCAGUUAGUGAGGGUCAUCAUGAUGUACAGUGAGGCAAGGAAGAGCAUGAAAUGAAAAAAGGAGUAACUGUAUUGGACUAGGUCUUGCUCAUUGUCCUUCACCCGCCUCGGUCCACUUGUCUCAAUGGAUGAGUCCAGACUGCCGUCCUCUGCCAGGAUGGUGGAGUCUUUGGAGGCCAUGGUCAGUUUGUUCACCUGGCUGGUGCUGGAGGAUCGAAUGCUGCACAGAAAUAAACCAUUGCAAUGUUUUUCCUGUUUUCAUAUCACUUUCAUACUAUUUUCAUGUUGUGUUAAUAUCAUAUUCAUAGUGUUCACACUGUGAUUAUACAGUGUUCAUAGCAAUUUCAUACUCACUUCCUAUCAUAUUUAUUGUAACUCGAGUUAAACCAAAAAAGACCCCCGAAAUUUGAACCAAUUGUGGAACCAUCACAAUGGAAAAGCAAAGCACCAAAGAACCAGCUCCAAAAAAGCUAUGAACCAGUUACAGUGGGAAAAGAUGUACUGUUUACAAACCGUUUUCAUCAUGUUCAUAUUAUGCUCAUACCAUGUUCAGUGCUCAUACUGUGUUCACAACAAUUCCAUACUGUUUUCAAACUGUGUCCACACUGUUUUCAAACUAUUUUCAUACUGUGUUUAUUAGUAAAUAAGUGCUACACACCUCGAGUAGAUGAUGCAUAAGACGAAUAUGGCCAGGCCCACGAUGCUCUGAGCAUCCCACCAUUGCAGGUAAGGCGAUGUGAGGAUGGGUUCCUCUGUGCCAAUGAUCACCACAGCAGUCUGGUUUUCCAUCUCCAUGGGAGCUACAGUGGGCGCCGCCAUCUGCUGAAAGAUACUCAGCAGGCUUGGGUUGCAUGUUCGAUCUUAAACAAAAAAAGAAAAAAAAAACAUUUUAUUUCAUUAAUCACACAAUAUAAAGUAAAGUAAACUCACUACAUGCUUGUCAUCCCAUUGGAAAUUGUAGACAAAAACUAAACUCAUCAUACAGCAACUUAACACUCAAAAGGUAGCUAGGAAAUAUACAAGUACCAAUACA